UGCUUUUACUGCAGCGUCUAGCAGUUUGAAACGGUGCUUUUUAACAGUAGAGUGGGUACUUGCAGUCUUGCAGAUUGAACGAUUAAUUUGGUAGAGGAACAAAUACCUUUAAAACACUCACUGAGAAGAUGUCAUCAGAUGAAGGGGAGCAAAACAGUCCAGUUUUACCAAGAGAUUCAGACAGAGGCAGCUCUGUUUCCUCUGUGCUUCAGGAUGAGUAUGAAGAACUUCUUCGAUAUGCUGUUGUGACUCCGAAGUAUGACCCAAGUAUCCCAUCACAGACAUUGAGCACAAAUCAACUCUCCAAGAGUUUACAGCAAACGACUAAAAGAGGGACGCCUGCUCAACACACUGCAGAUAAUGAAGGGCACUCAGACAACGGGGCUACGCCAACUCCAUCAUUGGAAGAAUCCAGACCACAAAGUCGAGCAUCCGAGGCUAAUAGCUUGUCAUCUGAGGAAAGGUCAGCGAGGUCGCUGACUGGAUCAGACAGAUCAGGACAAAACAGCCCUGAUGCUCUGACCACCGUCAUGACCGAGAUGUUCAUCUCAGAGGAGAACCUGAACAAGAUGGAGAACAUUUUGGACACCUGGAGCACAAACCUUAAGAGUAAUGUGAUGAUGGAGCUGAGGAAAUGGAAACUGGCCUUUGUGGAGCAGCACAGACUGGAGCUUAAGAAGGAGCGGGAGAAACAUGCAGCCCAUAUGGCUGCUGUAAAUGCCGAGAUGGAUGGUCUGAAAGACCUGCUCAACACCUACAAGAUCUCCAACCAGAGAAAAGAUGAGGUGAUCGUGAAUCUGAGCAGGGCGCUUGACAGGCAGAGGGAGAAGCUGGAGCUGAUGAGGAGUUUCUCCCAGUGGAGACUACAGCAGUGUGCUGCCAGAGAGGAGGCACAGGGGGGCAGACUGGCGGAGCAGCACUAUCAUUUGCAGCUGAAGAGGAAGGUGUGGGCAGGCUGGCACUCGCUCAUCCAGAACGGGUGGCGGGAGCGUGUGGAGAGAGCAUGUUGUGCCAGAGCAGAGGACGUCUGCAUGCAGCUCUCUACAGACUACGAGGCCAAGAUGGCACAGUAUGUAGAGGAGCUCCAGAAAGCUCAAGCUGAAAUCAACAGGCUGCACACCGAGCGAGAGCGCUAUGAGGACUCUAUGAAGAAAGCUUUCAUGCGUGGGGUCUGUGCUCUCAACAUCGAGGCCCUUAGCAUGUUCAACACUGGAGAAGCGGGUAGACUGGACCGUGAUAUUCCACCUGCAGGGGAGGAGCCAAGCACCAGCUCAAUGGCCAAUCACCCUCCACGGACGGUCUCGUCAUCACGGCUCAGUCCAGUUGUCAUGGAGAGUCCAGUACAUUUGGGCCCCUCCCACAGCAUCACAGAGGAUGUAGAGGCGGAACAUUUUGUCUCUCAGUCUGGCUCAAGCACAGGCCCAAGAGCAGAAACUAUUUUCUCAACCACGGUGAAUUCUUCCGGACCACCAGGGGGCAGUACAAGCUCUUUCAGACAGGCGAGCACACGGAUAGUAACAGCUGGCAAGCAAAAAGCCACCAAGACCGUGACCGCUCGUUUGACGGGACGGCCAGAGCAUAACCGGACGGUCCGCCCCCCUGCAGCUCUGCAUCUCAUGGGCGUGGCUCCUCCCAUGAGUUCAGUUGUUAUAGAAAGACAUCACCCUGUCACUCAGCUCACUGUCGGCCAGGCAACAGCAGCUAAAUUCCCUCGCUCUGCUCUUCAGAGUCAGACUGUCUCCAGUAGCAAGAGCUCCUCCAGCCAACCCAGAGGCCCCUCCUCCACCUUUCACAUCCACUCCAUCAAAGUUGUGGACUAACACACACACACACACACACUCGUUCAUUUAUCUCUCAGGUCUUGAGUCUGGAUAUUGUAACUCAGUAGUAUUUGAUUUGUUAAGAGGCUUUGAAUUAGAUUUAAUACAUUUUUAGUCCUAAAUGUAAUUUUUAUUUUCAUAACAUGGAAUGAAGGUAAGUUGUUUUAUACUGAAAAUGCCAAGAUUUUAAUUGAAGAAUCAUUAUUUAUUACAUGACAUGGUUUCUUUAAUUUAUUCAAGUUGUUUGUCACCAAUUACUUUAUAAUGUUUUACAAAGUCAUAAUCAAAAUCUGCGACACUUUUCUGAUUCAUUGUUUCAGAGCAGUCGGCUACUGUAUCGGUUUGUACUGAACCUUAAUCCACAGGCAGUACUAAAUUGUUGGAUCAAUUAAAAAUUAAAGUGCUGUUUUAAGUUCA